AUGGUUUUCUGGCGAGAAGUUGGCCAGCAAUUGCGCCAUGUACCUAAGGCUGGGGAUAUCUGUUUGACUCAAUCGCGGAGAUGCCUGAGCUAUUCAAGAUCAUGGAGAAACACUGGAAUCACAACACACCCUCGGUCCGAGAUCAAUGCACGGAAAAGCCUUCAAUCACCUUGGCACGGAUAUAAUACAGCUCGGCGGGCUUUCUCCGUGACUGCACAAGCUGCGCAUGGUCAUAUCACGCCCCCAAAGGCCGGGGAAGAAAUCAAUGUGACCUUCAUCGACAAGGAUGGUACCGAAGUAAAGCUCCAGGUUGCCGAAGGCGAUAACCUCCUCGACAUCGCACAGGCAAAUGACCUUGAAAUGGAAGGUGCAUGUGGAGGAUCCUGUGCCUGUUCAACGUGCCAUGUGAUUGUGGAUGACCCGGACACCUUCGAUAAAAUGGAAGAGCCAUCGGAUGACGAGAACGACAUGUUGGAUCUGGCUUUCGGGCUUACAGAGACAUCUCGGUUGGGCUGCCAGGUAAUCAUGACCAAGGAUCUUGACGGAUUGGUUGUGCGAUUGCCCUCCAUGACACGGAAUCUCCAAGCAAGCGACUUCGAGUCGAAAUAA